CGUCAGCAACAGUGCCACGUCAGCAACAGUGCCAAGUCAGCAGUGCCACAGUGCCACGUCAGCAGUGCCCCGCCACCAUGACGGGCUCAGUUCUGGGCAUGCCAGGCCAACUGGCCAAUGAGUCCAUUGCCGAGUACCGACAGCGUUUCGAAGCUCAGCUCACACUGAUCGUGGCUGAGGAACAGCGUCAGGAGGUAGCCGAAGCUGCCCGCCUACAAGCCGAAGCGGCGGCAACAGUUGAAAAGCAGCGGCUUCAAGCCGAAGCCGAAGCAGAUACCCAGGCACGCCGCAAGGAGGCCCAGGAUCUGUUACAUCGGCAUGAAGCCACCAACAUCGAAAAGCUCAAGUUUUGGCAUUUUGAACCAUCUGAGCAGCAUGAAGACGCGACACCGGAAGAGCAGCACAAGGAGUUUCUGGCCAAACUCGUGACCCGGUUGGUUUACACUUGUAACCACCUGCAGUCUGAGCUAGCGAAUCUCCGACAGGCGGUGCGGAACCACAAGGACCUGCACGAGGAUGCUACACAGACACUUGAUUCCCGUGUACAGGACUUGGAGCAAUCUGCAUCAAGACCAGAUGCUGGCGAGUCCAGCAGUGCACCCUCUACCCGCCAAUUGGAGGAACGAGUUGACCACGUCGUCGCAAUGCUCGGCGACAUCAGCACCUUCGCUGCACCAGCCACCAUCAGCAAGCAGCUGGACACCUUGAAGAGCGAGGUUCAACAACUGCACCAGCUGCCCAACAAGGAUGGCAACACCACGCAGCACUACAAGAUGCCGAUAUUCCACAUCGAAAAGUUUGAUGAUUAUACGCAUCAAGACCCGGUCCCCUGGUGGGAGGGCUUUACAACGGAACUUCGGAUUCUUUUCGUCCCCGAGCACUCGUACAUCAGCGCGUUGUUCCUCAACUCAAAGGGUGGAUGCUAGAUCUGGCUCAGCCACCUGGCAACUAUCCACGGC